GCGCUUCAGUUCCCGACGUAAGAAGAAGAUGCAGCACGAUGAUGGCUCCUGACGGCAGUGACAAUGGUAGUUUAUGCGCUUGUAAAGGCAUCCGGCGGUGUCUCGCAUGUGAAAAGUUUAAGGAAAAAGUACAGCUCAAGGAAAGCGAAUCGAAGGUUGUGCAUUGUUUCCUCUACAAUCCCAAGACGAAGCUCGCUGUGUGCAAAGAUGGAGAAGGCGCUUCUUUCCCUUUUCCUGGUGUCUUCCUGUGGGAGAACUUUAUAUCAGAGGAGGAGGAGAAACAGCUGAUUAGCUCAAUGGACCAGGAUGUGUGGAAUCUGUCGCAGUCUGGCCGACGGAAGCAGGACUUCGGCCCAAAGGUAAACUUCAAGAAGAGAAAAGUGCGCGUAGCAGAUUUCAGCGGUCUUCCUGCUUUAAGCUACAAACUASUGCUGCGGAUGCAGGAAGAGCCGAGCCUGGCGGGCUUUCAGCCAGUGGAGCAGUGCAAUCUGGAUUAUGAGCCUCAGCGAGGCUCGGCCAUCGACGCACACCUGGACGACUCGUGGCUGUGGGGGGAGCGGCUGGUGACGGUCAACAUGCUAUCAGAGACCGUGCUCACCAUGUCUCUUGAGCAGGGCCUGUCAGAGCUGGGACUAACAGAGGAAGUCCAUGUGGCUGUACAACUUCCUCGCAGGUGUUUGGUAGUGGUGUACGGUGAGGCGAGGCAUAGAUGGAAGCAYGCCAUCCAUAGGGAGGAUAUUCAUGAACGCAGGGUCUGCAGCACAUACAGAGAACUUUCUGAAGAAUUCCUACCUGGRGGGCAGCAAGCAGAGCUGGGAGCUAAACUGCUGAAUAUUGCUCUAAGCUUCAAGGGAACUCCGUUAAAACCCUAUCAGACAGAAAACAUAAUAUAAUAAACAAGCAUGAUUUAAA